AUGGCGUACAAGGAGAAAUGCGGCGUCUUCGGUGUCUAUAAUGUCGAGAAAGCUGCGCACACAACCUACUAUGGUAUGGUUGGCCUGCAGCAUCGGGGACAGGAAGGUGCCGGUCUCGUGUCAUGCAAUCAAAGUGAGUUUCGGCUGCAUCGCGGGCAUGGGCUGGUGACGGACGUCUUCACCCCCGAUGACGUGGACAGCCUCGGCGGCAUCAACGCCAUUGGACACACACGAUACUCGACAGCUGGAGGAAAGACCCAACUCGAAGGCUUUCAGCCCUUCUGCGUGCACUAUCGUAUGGGGAACCUGGCUCUGGCUCACAACGGCAACCUCUCCAACGCGACGGAACUUCGCGCCUUCUUCGAGAACCAAGGCGUGCUGACGCAGUCCACCGUCGACUCGGAGCUCUUCCUGCACUUGAUCUCCCAUUCUAAACGCUCCUCACAGAUCGAUCAGAUAUUCGACGCCAUGACUCAAGCUGAAGGCGCUUUCUCAGUCAUCAUCUUGACUGAUCGAUUCUUUUGCGCCGUUCGAGACCCCAACGGCUUCCGUCCUCUCUGUAUCGGCAGGCUCAAAGGCAGGGGAAGAGACGGCACUGAUGGAUACUGCGUUGCCUCCGAGACCUGUGCGCUUGACCUGUGCAAGGCAGAGUACGUGAGGGACGUGGAGCCAGGAGAGAUGAUCAUCAUCGACAAGAAGACGGUUCAGACCGGCACCUUCUCUUCCCUCAAGCUGCCCCAGAAGUUCGGGACGUCGCAGUGCAUCUUCGAGUACGUCUACUUCGCUCGCCCAGACUCGCGUGUCUUCGGCGAGUUUGUCACCAAGGUGAGAAGGGAGCUGGGCAGACAGCUCGCGCGCGAGUGGCCGGUGCCCAAAGUGGAAGAAGGGGAGCUGCUGCCUGUCAUCAUUCCGAUCCCCGAGUCAGCCACCCAUGCGACGUUGGGGUACCACGAGGAGUCGGUCAAGAUGGGAAGGCCCUGCAUCUUCGAUUUCGGCUUCUUCCGCAACCCCUACGUCGGUCGCUCGUUCAUCUCCCCCUCCCAGGAGCUCCGAGACCUCAAAGUUCUGUGCAAGUUCAACCCCAUGGAGCACACGCUCAAGGACAGAAUCGUUGUGGUCGUCGACGACUCCAUCGUUCGAGGCACCACAGCCCGUCAGCUCGUCAAGCUGCUCUACGCCGCUGGAGCAAAGCAGGUGCACGUAAGGAUAUCGUCUCCUCCUGUCACGGACCCGUGCUUCUACGGCAUGGACUUUCCCUCCAAGGAAGAACUGUUUGCGAACAAAUAUCAAGGUGAUAUCGAGGCCAUGGCAGCUUGGCUUCAGGUUGACAGUCUUGGCUACCUCACUCCCGAGGGGCUUGUGGAGGCUGCGACUCGCUCCUCGGGCACUCGCCACAGCUUCUGCCGCGCCUGCUUCACCGGCGUCUACCCGGUGCCGAUCGAACCCACCGGCCGUCGCGACUCAUCGCUAGACUGGUAG